CCCAGCACGGCUCCAGCCACUGCCCAGAGCUGCAGCACAGCCAGGAGCACUCCUUGGAGCAGAGAUGCUUUGCCGCCUGCACUUCAUGCCGCCCAUGUCCAGCUCGCUGUUCCCGUGGCUGGGACCCGUCCGCACCCUCUGGCCACAUCCAGGCACCCUGUUCGCCGAGCUGGAGCGGGAGAUGCGGCUGGAGAUGGAGAGGGCUCGGGAGUUCAUGAGCAGCGUGGAGCAGUACCUGAGCGGCGGGAGCAGCCCCGGGCGGCUCGGCAUCGCCCCCAGCACCAGCGCAGCCCUGACCCAGGGCUCUGGGGACGGCUUCUCCGUCUGCCAGGACGUGAAGGACUUUGCGCCCGAGGAGCUGUCGGUGAAGGUGGUGGGCAGGAAGGUGGUGCUGGUGGGGCAGAAGGAGACGCAGAGCACGGACGAGAAGGGCUCCUUCUCCUACAAGUACGAGGUGCUGAAGCGGGAGUGGGACGUGCCCGAGGAGGUGGACGCCGAAGCGCUGACCUGCUCCCUGUCCAAGGAUGGGCAGCUCCGCAUCGAGGCCCCCAAGCUGGCACUGCCGGCCGCUCCCGAGAGGAAUGUGCCCAUCCAGAUGGGGCCGGCGGUGGCACAGCCUGCUGGCAGCACUGAGGAGGGAGCCGAGCGGGCCAAGGCGUGAAGAGGAGCAACGGGGACCAGGCUGAGCCUGGCGACAGAGGGGGGCAGCUGCUGGCCGCAGAGCGGGACCGCGCGAUGGCCCGGGGCGGGGUGUCUGCCCAAAACGUGGCUUUUUUGAUAUGUAAUAAAUAUUCCUAACUUUUA